UCCUCUUGUCUUCCCAGGCGGGCAGGCCCUUCCCUCCGGAGCCGCCGCGCGGGGCGGGGUUGGGCCGUGUUCCCUUGCGAAGCCCCGGGCAGCCGAAGAUAGGCUCUGGGAGCAGCUGCAGCGGUUGCAGGAGUCCCGCAAAUGUGAUGCGGAGUCGGGGCUCGGGCGGCUGCGUUGGUGGCGUCGUCUUUUCCCGCGACUCGGGCGGGACAUGGCGAAUGUCAAAGUUGCUGUGCGGGUCCGGCCUCUCAGCAAAAGAGAGAAUGCAGAGGGAAGAAGUUUAAUUGUAGAAGUUGAAGACAGAGUGGCGAAAGUCAGAAACAUAAAGGUAGACAACAGGUAUGAAAAUCUUUGGGACACAAGGGAGAAAACUGUGGAAUUUGGAUUUGAUUACUGCUAUUGGUCGGUUGAUCCUGAGGAUCCCAAAUAUGCAUCUCAGGAGGUGGUUUUCCAGGACCUUGGUACUUCAGUACUAUCUGGUGCUUUUAAAGGAUACAAUAUUUGCCUUUUUGCAUAUGGACAGACAGGUUCAGGAAAAACAUACACUAUGAUGGGAACACCAACAUCAAUUGGAUUAACACCUCGAAUAUGUGAGGGUCUGUUUUCAAGGGAAGACGACUAUUCAAAACAGUCGGCAUCUUGCAGAGUGGAAGUCAGUUUCCUCGAAAUUUAUAAUGAGCGGGUCCGUGAUUUGUUAAGGCAGUCAGACCAUAAGAAGCCAUAUACACUUCGUGUCCGUGAACAUCCUGUGAUUGGUCCCUAUGUGCAAGGACUAUCUCAGCAUGUUGUUACAGACUACAAACAAGUAGUUGGACUUCUAGAAGAAGGAAUAGCAAAUAGAAUUACAGCAGCUACCCACAUUCAUGAGGCCAGCAGCAGAUCCCAUGCUAUCUUCACUAUCCAGUAUACUCAAGCUAUACUAGAGGACAAUUUGCCCUCUGAAAUUGCAAGCAAGAUCAACUUAGUGGACCUUGCAGGCAGUGAAAGAGCUGAUCCCAGUUACUGUAAAGAUCGGAUCACAGAAGGUGCCAAUAUUAAUAAAUCACUUGUUACACUUGGAAUUGUCAUCUCUACCUUAGCACAAAACUCUCAGAUGUUCAGCAGCUGCCAGAGUAUAAAUAGCAUAGCCAGUGAAGUGGACAGCAACCAUACAGAUAAUCACUGUGGAGCCCAUAGCAACAGCCAUAGGCGUCAAGCUUAUAUUCCCUACCGUGACUCUGUUCUCACUUGGCUUCUGAAGGAUAGUCUGGGCGGCAAUUCAAAGACCAUCAUGAUUGCAACUAUAUCUCCUGCAAGCUCCUGUUACAAUGAGACCAUGAGCACCUUGCGAUAUGCCUCAAAUGCCAAAAACAUUAUUAACAAACCCAGAAUAAAUGAGGAUGCAAAUGUAAAGCUGAUUAGAGAAUUACGAGAAGAAAUAGAUAGAUUGAAGGCUAUGCUGAUGAGCUUUGAACUGAGGAAUUCUAGUCCUUCAUGGAGUGAUGACAGAGAAGGAAAUCUAACAGAACUAGUUCUUCAGAAUGAAGUUAAGAUUGAGCAGCUGACCAAAGACUGGACGGACAAGUGGAUUAAUAGAAAAGCCAUCAUGGAAGAAUACAGUGUGGAUAUUAACAAGAAAAAAGCUGGAUUGGUGAUAGACUCCAGUUUACCUCAUUUAAUGGCCAUGGAUGAUGAUAUCCUUAGUACUGGAGUUGUACUUUAUCAUCUCAGGGAAGGAGCAACCAAAAUUGGAAGAAGUGAUUCAAACCAGGAACAGGAUAUAGUUUUGCAGGGCGAGUGGAUUAAAAGGGAACAUUGUGUUGUGGAGAACCAGCAUGGGAUUGUGACCCUACGGCCUCUUCAGGGAGCACAUUGUAUUGUGAACGGUCAUGAAGUCACAGUUCCAAUCCGUCUGUCACAAGGAGCUUUUAUUAUUUUGGGCCAGACUCACAAAUUUAGGUUUAACCAUCCCACUGAGGCUGCCAUUUUAAGACAAAGACGAUCAAUCAAUGAGACCUGUUCUGUAGUGAGUUGUAAAUCUCUUGAAUGGCUAGAUUUGGAUGGAGGCCUCUCUUCCCUUUCUUACGACUUUUACCCAGCUGAAACAGAAAGUGAGCGGAGACAUGCUGUUUCUGAAGAAUGUCAGCCAAAGUUUAAAAAACAGGAGGUUCUCCAGAGAAGGGAGAUCCAGCAACAACAAUUGUAUGUUGAAGAAUUACAACAGCAGAUCUUGGAUGGUGAGAUUAGAGCUGAGCAAGAACUAGAACAUGAUCAGGCAGUAAUCAAUCAGCAGAUCAGAGAAAAUCAGCAAUGGCUCAUUGAUGAAAAGAAACAUCUGGCUGCCCAGCAACAGCAAGAAUCUGCUGUUCAAACAGAAAUCAAAACAUAUGCAGAAACAGGGGUUCAGAAUAUUUUGGAAUCAGAGACUGGCCCUUCCCAGACCGUAAAGAACAAGAAAAAAUUGGUACAGCAAGAGCUUUUACGAAAAUACUCUUUAAAGAAAGCAGAAAGACAUUUGAGUCGGAAGAAGGUUAAACUGCGUUUGGAAAGGAUUGUGAAGAAGCAAAAAUUGCUAGAGGCCAAGAAAAACCUGGAACAACUAGAAGCUACUUGCUGGAUCAACGAGGAUAAUGUAAAACUUUCACCCUUUCUGAACCAAGAAAUUAUAGCACCCUCUUGGGACUACGCAUGUUCACAGCCAGGAUCAGCUUCAGGCUCCUUAAAGUGCAGACAAAACACUUGUUUAAACAUACAGCCACCACAUUGCAGUUUUUCCCCAGAGAGAGAUUCCUCUCAGUUAUCUACCUCAGAACACAGCUACAAAUUUUCUAAAGUCAAUCCACCAAGGAGAUCAGUGCCUGCAGAAUAUUUUAACAGAACACUUGAAGACCUUAGUAAAAGAGGCAACAUUCACGAUGAGAGAGAUGGCUCCUUCCCAAUCCAAAGGCAGCUAAUAAAAAAUCUGAAAUUUUAUUUGAAAAAUAAAGGAAUAGAGAUAACGAAUAGAAGCAAUACCGAAGUUUUUUCUUAUAUUUGUAAAAAUAACCAAACUAUGGAAAAAUCCAGUAACAGACCAAGGCAAACCAGAUUAAAAGCCCCGGUUUUGAAGUCAUCUGACCAUUUUAAAAGAAAGUAUGAAUCUGAAGCAGUGAAACAGGUGGCUAAAAUAAAGACCCUGGAAAACUCAAACCAGCAUGCAGAGAAGCACUUAGAAAAGAGUGAAGCUCAGGAAGCUGGUAGAAAGAUCAGAAUGGAGAAAAGAAAAAAGCGCCCAAGUUCUCUUCCAGGAAAUUCCAUCAAGGAACUGAAAAAAUCAGCAGUAUGUGGUAAAUCACCAGUACAACAUCUGAGCCAAAAAGGAAAGAACCUGAAAAGUGUUUUAGCAAACAGUCAGUCAGUGGAACAGCAGCAACACUUGAAAACAGCAUCUUCAACAAGAAGCCUUAUCAGCAUAAACAACCAUGCACCACUAUGUUAUGGUGAAAAAAGGUGGCAUAGUGCUGAGGCAUUGAGUGCUGGAAUCUCAAAAACAGCUCCUGGUCUGCUGAGAACCUGGCAAGAAGAUGAAGACGUGGAAUUUUCUGAUACUGACAGUAAUUAUUCUGUGGACUCUCUUUCAUGUGAUAAUGCUAAAGUCCUCACAGAGCCGCUGAAUCUUGAGGAGGAGUCAGCUGAAAUUGACACUGCCAACCUUGAAGACUCUGAAAGUGAUGACAGCCAGAUGUCCCAAGAUUCUCUUGCAGAAAAAGUAAACAAAACUGAAUGCCAAAACAUACAGUAUUUUCCUGAGGUCCAUCAAGAACCUGUUAAAUUUUGCAAAGACAGCAAUUAUCAGCCUCUUUCACUGAUAGGAAACACAUCUCUUUCAAACAGUAAUCUGACUGUGAAUGAGAGAAGUUUUUCUCUGGAUAGUCUAGGUGAUGCAGAUGAAGCAUCAGGAGAAGAUCUUGCAGAAGAAUCAAAAUUUAAAUCAUGUGAUGAAGUGCCUGCUGAGGUUUUCUGGAAAUUGCAAAUUUUAAAAUCAGAGUUUGUAAACAGCAACAAACAUCACAAUCCUGAGAUCAUUAAUGAAACAGCAAAAAUAACUGAUAACUUGACCCAGAAUUCCAGUUCUUUUUACCUGGAUACUAAUGCACAUUCCAGUUUCAGUAAUAUUCAGGAUCAGUCAGUAGAUAUUUGUGAACAAGAAGGCUCACUUGAUGAAAGGUCACACUCUACAGGUGAAAAUGUUCCAGUCUUGCCAGAAGCUUGGUUGUCCUAUGACUCUAAAAUUGGAGAGAGCAGCCCGAUAAUGGCAAUGUGUUCUUCUCAAGAUCAUAGAGAGUUUCAGAUUGCACAGCUACAUUCUGUGUCAAACUGCUGGAUGAAGAAAGAUGAUCUGAGACAGUCAGCUGCUGAAAUGUCAUUUUUCUCCUGCUCUAAAACACCACACCAGCCUUCUUGUGAGCCAAGGAAGAUUGAAAUGCUACUUUCAUCUGGAGAACCAUCAUUAUCUUUACCAGAAACAAGGAAGCAACUUGAGAUUGAAAGUGCAGGAGCUACAUCAUCAUUAUCUCUAUCUAGAUUUCCUACAAAAUAUAGUUACUGUGAAGUUGCAUCUUCUCUUAAGUCUGUUUGUCAGCAACCUGAUGAUUUGUCUGGGGGUGAAUCUACUGAUGUAUCUGCGCAAAUAUCUAGUUGUUUGAAAGAACAUGCUGGGACUGGUAGUUCAUCUCAAGUAUCAGCAAAGCUUGACCUUUCUGCUUCUUCAGUUUAUUCUGAGAUUUCUAAGGAUCAAGAUCUAGAAAACAGCUUCAUUUCCAGGACAGAAACUUCAAGAGAAACAUGUGUUCAUGCUGACUUUGAAGAAUGCCUCUUCAGGACUAUUGAAAAAGCAGAAGCCGAUUCUGAUUCUGAUAGUAGCACAAGAGACUCAAAACUUAUUGAAUUCAGCACCACUGGUAAAUCCUUUGGCACAUUACCAGUUAACUCCCCUGACUUGACUUCACUUGAUUUUUCAACAGAAGAAAAACAUCAAGCCUCUAAAUAUUUGUUUUCAAAUGAGAAAAAAAGUUUAUUUGAUGAUGAAAGUUACUAUCUGUGUGACACACUAAGCAAGCAUGCAGAUUCUGCUACUAAUGUUGGGGAGAAAUACUUUCUAAGAAAUGGUAGAAAUAACUUUGAUGUGAUGCAGAAAACAAGAUGCCAACAGGUGCCUGUGGAAGAAAUUGCUUCAGAAAGUAAAUCGUAUCAAACUAAGUCAACAGCUUUUCUCUGCAGCAAUCAGUCUGCUCUUCCACUACAGACGUCUGAGGCUGACAGUGUUGGUGUACAGGGAAAUAGAGAUGUCUUAACAGAAUCUGCAUUAGAGGUUCCUUCAUUUAGAGAGGCAGAAGAAGAACGGGGACAAAAUAAAGAAUGGCAUUCAGCAAAUAAUCUUGAAUUUCAAACUAAAACCAUACUUUGUGAUUCUCAUUUGGGUUCAGGUGUUGGCUUUUCUGGAAGCAAGUUGAGCCAAAAAAUCUCAUUAGGUUUUGAUGCUGAAAAUAUGGUUAAGAAGAGCAGUGAAGGGAAACAUUAUAACAUGACUUCUUUUUCCUGCAAAGGUACACCUUCACUCACUGGUAGAGACUCAGAGACUGACAAAUCAGUGCAUUCUAAUACGGACAUAAGGGAGAAAAAAGAUUCAUCCAAUUGGCCUUAUGAAACCGAUGAUAAAUUCACUUCACAACCAAACUCAAAUGUUCGUUAUCGUGACUCGGUUAGACUGGGGAAAUGUGAUGAAAAAUCUGUUUCUGAAGAGAAUAAGGGUGAACAUAAAGAAAAGUCAAUAAACUCUGAAGAACUUGCUAAAUUAAUAAAAAGUGUCAAUAAGCUGGAGUGUGACAUUUUAGAAAUGAAACAUAAACAGAAUAAAUGUUUACAGAAUUAUCUUGCAGUUGAAUCGCAAAGUUUAACAGCAGAGGACAGUAGAAAUUCCAGAAGCUGCAGUGUGAUUCAGUCGCCAAGCAACAAUCGUGACAAGUGUUGCAAGAAACUGCCUGAAACAGUAGUAUAUGAAGAAACAGGUAAAGAGGAAAUCUUUUUGAUUGAGAAUAGCAAAGAAGAAACAAAUGUAUCAAAACUAGCAAUGGGGCUUGCUACUAAUAUUUCAGUAACUGCUAUAAGUAACAAUAAAAUUGAAGGAAACACAGAUGAAGAUGAUUGUUCUGUAGGCACAGAAGCAAGCCCUAACAGCACGGUACCAGCUGUAUGUUCCAACUCAUCUAUUUUAAUUAAAAAUACAAUAGACUUACUUGACAGAACUAUGGAAAGCAUCCUGUACUCCGAAUCAACAGUGACUGCAAUAACCACAGAAAGUAGACAAGAAAACGUUUUAAACUGUAAUGAAAAAGAUAAAAAUUAUUCUACCAACAAUGAAACCUCGGUAUUAGAAAGCUUGAUAAUGUACCCUAAAAUGGCUGAAGAAGAAGAAGCUGAUGGGAGCAAAGAACAAAAUGAUACAGCAGAAACUGAGCUGCACACUGAUGGAAAUGUUGCGUUACUGCCAGAUAAUCCAUCUCAUGGUUUUAUGAACUCUGAUGCCGACAACAAUAGAACAAAUCUAGAUAGCACUGAAAGAACAAAAACAGACACCAAUAUUUCUACACUAGAAGAACAAAAUGAUGUGUGUCAAUUACUUGAAGUGUGUCUUGAUGCUAAUGAAACACAUGAAGAGAAAAGAUCAGCAAAUCUUAGGAAGCAUAUAGGUGUUUUGAAUGAAGCAGUGAAAAACGAUAGUAACAAUGGUGAUUCAGAUAAUAGCAGAGCUGUGGCUGGACAGCAUGAGAGUACUGAAGAGUUCAAACACAUCAACAGUGUUGAGACUGCUAAUGUAUCAAGUUCUCUUUCUACAGAUUAUUCUCCUAAUGGUAUUUCAGAACACCAUGAUCUACACUUUGCUGAGAAAAGACUAGUUCACUGCAUACCUGAGGGAAGAGAAAUAAUACAGCCAACAGCCCCAGUACAAUUGGGUGUAACUGAGGUACCAGGCCAGAAUACUGAUGAACAAAACACAUAUACUUGUAAGACAGAAAAUGUUAGGGAACAUUUGGAAGAAAAUAGUGGAAAUCCAGAAGUACUAGAAAAUAGAGAUAGUAGCUGGUCACACAGUGACACCCUGUUAAGUGAAGUAUCAAAAGAAAUGCAAUGCAUACCUCACAGUUUUUCAAGGAAUAAUACUGGUAUUGUUAGUGAUUCAGUACCUGUUAACCAAACAGAUCCAUCAGAAAUAAUAAAUGAAAAGUGUGGGUUGUCUUCUGUGGCCAUUACAAGAUUUUCCCAUCACCCUGCAAGUAGUUCUUUUUUGCCUUCAGUAAAUACAAAUCGAGAAAGUUGGAUGGGUGAUCCUUCUAUAUCAAGCAGUAUUGUAGUGUCAUUGAGUAAUAGUACUACCACUGAAGAAGACCUCCAGUACCGUGAAACACAAAUUGAUUGUAGCAUGCAGGCUGGAAUGCGGUGUCCCACUAAUGACAGAGAAUUAAGUGAUCCAAUUUUUGAUACCGUCAUGCAAAAUAAAUUUUCUCCAGAUCAGCUGCAGCAAAAUCAUGAGGAGAAGAUAGAUCCAGUAUUCAGUAGAUCUUUUAACUACAGUGCAUCUGAGCAAAUUCAUAUUAAGGAUGAAAAAUGUUCAAAACCGUAUGUUGCAGAAUAUGACGAAUCGCUAGCUUUUUCUCCUGUCAAUGUCAUGCAAAGGAAAGCAAAAUCUUUCAACAGUACAGAUUAUGAUUUGGGAAAGGCUCAUGGAGAAUAUGACAGAAGAGAACAUAAAAACUCAGAAAAAUGUUUAAAUUCAUUCAACAUACAUCAGAAAGAAUAUGCUAUAUCAUUCUCACCACCAGCAGCUUUGUUAUCAGAGACUUCUUCCCAAGAGUAUCUUAAUAGCAUUGUUACUCAGAAAGAGUUAAAUUCUUUUGUGCAAUGUAAUCAGACAAAUAAAUGUCCAGAUACUGAAUACAUUGAGACAGAAUACAAAACAAACAGUGGAACAUUUACUAAAGAGUUGGGAUGCCAGAAAGAAACUACUGAUAUCCUUAUACAUAAACCUUUUGAUGAUCUCAGUGUAGGGCAUUCAGUUGAUUCUGGGGCAAUGCCUGAGGAUGGAGUAAAUGUUUUAGGACAUGCUGCUGAAGCUCUUUGGGAAAAUUUUCAUCGUGAUGAAGACAUUGCUUCCAGGUGUAACAUAAAUUCUUACAGCUCCGAAUCUUCUGUUGCUUACUUGAACAGUUCAGCUCUGCAUCCAAAAUUUUUAUUAGAAUGCAAAGUAGACAAGUGUACAGAUUUUGAUAAAAGUGAAUAUUUGAACUAUGAAGGAGCUGAUGUUAUCGUAUCAACAGCAGAGGGCAAUUUUACCAGUCUGCAUAACCUAGAAAAGUAUGUGUCGUCACAAUCUGAGAAAGCUAUAAACAGGAUAGAAAUCUGUUUCCAAGAAGGAAAUGUGCUUAUUAACCAAGGUUUAAAACAAACAAGCUGUGAUGAAGCAACACCACCUCCUUUAUGCCAUACAGAAAGUUUUUCCACUUGUACUGUAUUUAAAAAUGCAGGUAACUGUGACCCCCCAGAAUCACCACCUUCAGUGUAUAAGCCUAUUGCUGACUCGCAGCAGGAGAUAUUUUUGGCUUCUCCUUUGUCGGCAUCAAUUCAGGUACAAGAAAAUCCAUCCAUCUGUCACCAGGGUUUCCCAAAUAUUUCUUCCUCAUCUUUCGAAACUUCUCCUAUUUCUACCACGAGUCACAGCAAAAAUGAAAGUCAUGCUGCUUUAUAUGCUUCUACCUCAAGCUGUUCAGUCUUGGCUACUAGCCAGGUGCAGGAAAGUAACGGUGGUGAUUCUGAGAUGCAUAAGCAGCAAUUGUGUGCAUCAGAAACAAGUUCACUUUCUUUUGCAAAAGAAAAUAGAUAUUUCCCGCUCUCUGAAACAGAGUCUAAUUCUCAUUUAGAUUGCAGUGGCACAGAUAUGUGUACAUCUGAGAUCUAUCACAAGCCAAACACUUGUCCAGAACCCAGAGAUACAGGUCCCCUGCAAAGGGGUGGUUCUGAAGACUUUGGUAAAAUUUUGUUUUCCACUUCGAAUUCAGGACUUGAUUUACAAGGAGAUGAAAGUACAACACAACUGAGUGGCAAGGUUGCUAUAGUAGGUAUCCCUACUGCAAACAGAGAUGAUAAUCAUACAAUUACAUGUGAAGUGAUGGACAGAAAUGAUUUUUCUUCUUCAGAACAGCUAAGCAUUCCAUUAAUAAAUGAGAGAACAUCUUUCACAUUAGGGAGCAGGUGUUCAACUUGGCAAGAAAACUCUGCAAAAGAGGUGCUUAGGAAUGAAAGCAACAUUUUUAUUUCACAGAAUACAAACAGAAGCAAAGAUGAUGGGCGGCGGCCAGGUUUACAGAGUCAUAGUUUAUCAGCACCAACUAUUGUUGUAAUGUGUAAUUCUGAAUGUGGUUCAGAAUCUUCUAAACUAGACUUUGUUGGUCAUAAUGCCUCUAAGUCAUUAGAAGAAUUAAAUAUGAGUGUUGAGCCCCCAUCUCCAACUGAAAAUGACUUGCACAGAAUUGAAAGCUUAUCAAAAGCAAAGGCAGACAGUGUUGUGCCUCUUAAAUAUAGAUCCAGAUUUCAAAAGAAAGCCAGUCAAGCCCAGACAUCUAAUCAGUGUGAUAAAAUAAAGUGUAGUGAAGUAUCUCAAGAUGAUUGUCCUUCAGAUACCUCCCCUGUUCAUUAUCCAGUAGCUGUUGCCCAAAUUAUUGGCAAUUGUCUGGAUACAGAAACAGAAAGGUGCAUAAAUAAUGUUACUUCAAUGCAUGGAUACAACAUGGGAAGAAAUGAAGAAGUAAGCUAUCAGAUGGAAGUAACCAAUCAGCUUAUUCAAGACAAUAAAGAUGCAAUGCACUUUAUUUCAAGUGAUAUCAACCCUUAUGUUCACCCAUGGCAACAAGAUGAAUGCUGCAAAAUUGGUUGGAAACAGUAUGUUUUUGGAAGUGCAAGCAACGUCUGUAGUAACCCACCUCCAAUGAGUUUAGAUAAUCAAACAGUCAUGAGAUGUUCCAGUGUGGAUAAUGACUUGAAUUCUCAAAACUCCCCUUUCCAUUCUCACCUCAGUUCUUAUGCCAAUGCAAGAAUGUUGUCCAGUACCAUAAGCAGCACAGAUGAUCUCCAAGGAUGGGAUGUCGCAAGGGAAGGUUUUGAAUCUAUACAUUCAGAUGAAAGCAGCAAGCAUUAUAGUAAUGUAUCUCAUGAUGAACUUGAAUCUAAACCAGUAAACGUCAAUUCCAGUUGUGAAAAUAUCCUUCCAGAUAUGGGGUGCUCUCAACAGUCUGAAAACACAUCCAUGCAAGUUGAUGAAUUUGUUUUACUUUAUCCUUCUGGGUCAGAUACAUCGUCCAAUAAACAACAGAGGGCACUCACUUGUGAACAGGAAACACAAACAGAUGCUCCAGCAAAACAUAAAAGACAGAAGAGGCACCGCAGAAGCUACACAGAUAUAUCUGCAAGAAAGUCAGAGGUGAGCAAGAGUUCAUUUCAACAGCCUUCUUCUUGGUCAAGUGUGCAAAAUCUUUCCCUGCACCUUUCACAAUUGCUUCACAACACUUCUGAGUUACUAGGAAAUCUGUCCUUACAGACUGUUAAAGAUAAUGAACAAACUUGUCUCAAAGCUGCUGAAGAAAGCAUUAAAGCCACCAUGUCCAAUAGCUCUACCCAAACAACAGAAGACAUCGGCAUUCAGACAGAGAUUUUAGGACACCCUCAGAGUAAGAUCAAGGAAAGCCAAAUCAGUACCAGUGUGGAAGGUGAAAUGAUGAAGCCUCAGAAGGUAAAUGUCAUUGUGAAGCUAGUACACCCAAAUACUGGAACUCUGACUAAAGAGACAAUGGCAGAAAGCAAAGGACAGAUCCUGCACAGUGUGCCUGACAUAAGAAGCCAUGAUGCUGAUAUUCAAGGAGAUUCCUAUGGGUCUCAUCCUACCUUAAACAAAAACUCGAGCUCAUCAUCUGAAGUGCCAAAAAUACAAUUAAAUACUCCACCAGAACUUGGUUUUAGCAAACCCAAAAUUUCUUCUGUUGUUUCAUCUUCAAUUGGUUCUAGGCCUGGGCCUAAAACCACUAUAAACAGUCCUGCCUCUACCUUCUGCCUGUCUUCAGCAUACUACCCUCAAGAUAAGCAACCUGUUCCUAAAAUUAGCAUUGCAGAAACCAGGAAGCUAUCCUCUAAAAAUAGGUUGUUAGUUGACCGAGCCUCUUCCCCAAUUUUGACACUUUGUGCCAGUAAAGUCAGCCAGCAGUCUAGAUUAGACAAAUCUCUUUGUUCUUUGAAAGGAUCUGCUGGACAUCUGAAAAAUAAUAGUAAUUCAGAAAACAAUUUUAGAAAAAGGGGAUCAGGUCCAUGGUUUGACUUGAAUUCUUGGGAGCAACGGGUAGAUACUUCUUCACAAGUGGAGGUAGACAGUGAAUCUAUGACAUCUAGAGAGAGUAAAGAAGCAUGCAAGGUGGCUACAAAUAGGAUGGAUGAGAAUAUGACCAAAGAGCUUUCAGGAAUAGCUGCUUUGAAUCAAAAACAAAAAUGUACUAUUGACACUCAUACUGCAAUUCACACCAAAAGACUCUAUCAUUCAAGCAGCACUUUAGAACUUUCUAGCCAUGGGGAAUAUUUACUUGAGGAUCACAGUGAUGGCAUUCCCAUUGAAUGUUCCUUUCAUCAGAUGCGAGACACGAGAAGAGCAAGAAACUUUUCUGGAGGAAUGAAAUAUGAUAGCAGUAUAAGAAAUUGUGAUUAUUUACCAGCUAAAAGGUCGUGUCAGAAAUCUUUAAAUGAGUCCAGUACACCAUCGUUAGAAUCUAAUGAGACUCCAGAAUGUGCACUUGAUUCGUUUUCUCUUCAGUGUCACCCUACUUGGAGAACUCAAAAUUCUUGUCCUUUUCCAGUGUCUGAAAUCAGUAAUAUGCAUGAUAAUGCUGAUGCUGACACUGAUACACAGUCCGAAACUGAAAGUGAGUGUAAUACUGAAAUUCUACUGAAGGAAAAUACCUCCUUCAUGAAGAAGUCACACAGACUUCGAAGUUACAGCCUUCGUGACCUGCCCCUGCACAAUAAAUUCAGCAACUGGUGUGGUGUGAAAGGAGAUCCUCACUCUUCUUUAGGUGGUGUGACUCGAAGUGCUAGUGAUAUCCGUAGCCACUCAGAAAGGAAGGCCAGUAGUGGCACAAGAGCUACUGAAACAGAGGAGAGAGACCUGCUUAGUGAAAGGAGAGCCAGAGAGAUUGAGAGGCUGCGAAGAGAGCGUGCCCAGGUUAUGUCUGGCAUACAUUUAGAUAUGAAUCAACAUCCUUUGACUGUGGAACUCACUGAAGCAAAGCUAACUUAUGGAAUUGGGGAAACGGAUGCACAGUUGAGGAUUCUUCAGAGUGGAACUACCGAGGAUUUGACAUCUGUGCCCAUAAAACAGCAACUCUAUGAAAGACAUAGGAAGUCAAUUGAAAUACUGAGAAAACAGAGAGAGGAAAGGCUUCAGUGUUUCAGAAGAAGUCGAAGUCUCAGUCCACAAAAGCAUCUUUUGCAAACACUGGACACAAAUCAAAGAGAUGUUGAUUUCCCUAGCCGACGUCGUGAAUAUCUACAGCAAUUGAGACGAGAUGUGGUGGAGAAUACAAGAGUGCAAGAACCCAAAAUGAGAAUCCAGCAUCCUUCAGAGAUUGAGAUACUACUUAGAGAUUAUCAGAAGGCACGCCAGGAAACCAAAACUGAAAUUGCACGAGCCAGGGACAAGCUUCGAGAACGAGCUGAGCAAGAAAAGAGGCGCAUUCGAGAGCAAAUACUGUCUCAGCUGCAGAAGGAGGAAGCUAAGCUGAAGACCCUUGUAAGCACAAGCACUUUAUGUACAGAUUCCACCCUCAGUCUGUCUUCAGGACCAACAUCUGGAUACAACAGUAGUGGCACAGCCACUUAUGCUCCUAAUAUACUUGGAAAACAGGAAGACCAGACUUCCUCUGAACACGCAGAACACCCAAGGGAUGGUGGAAGAGGUCGCUCAGUUAUCAGAAAUCAUCAACUUUAUAUUCUUGAGCAAUUGCCAAAGGGUUCUUCAAGUGAAUUUUUUCCUAUGAGCUCUUCUUCUGUGGAGAGGAGCAGUAUGCUCUCACCACUUGCUUCCAGCCAUGAGUAUUCUCAUAGCCUAAACGUUUCAUCUAGCACCUUUCCAGCCUCUCCUGUAAAAGGAUAUGAAGAUCUGUCCAAACAUGUCUUGGCUAAUGCUACUGCUGAGGUGAUGGCAAUGUGUUCGAAUGACCUGAAGAACCUUUACAGUGGCUGGGCAACAGCUGGGUGGAAAUACCAGUGUGUGGAGAAAGAUGUUUUAGUUUAUUAUAAAGCCUUCUCAUCAUCUGCAACCAAGCAUGGAUUCCUGGGGGCAGGAGUGAUUGAUAGACCUCUUCCCACCAUCUUGUGUUUGCUCAAGGAUCCUAGUAAAAGACACCUGUAUGACAAAACCAUUACCACAGCACAAGUGCACAAGAAAAUAACCAGUGACAUUGAGUUGGUAUAUGUUGUGAGUGAUGCUUCCGUGUGUUACCAAAAGCAACCAAGAGACUUCUGCUGCAUCUCUGUAGAAGCCAGAAAGGAGAAUGUGUGCAUCCUAGCUAUUCAAUCUGUUUAUGAAGAGUCAAUGCCUCGUCCUUGCAAAGAAAUGGUACGAGGGGAGAUCUUGCCCAGUGCCUGGAUACUAGAACCUGACACCGUGAAUGGAAGAGACAUUACUAAAGUCGUUUACAUGAUACAGGUAGACCUUGGUGCUCCAGCCAUUCCUGCAAACCUUCUCAGCUCUUUUGUCAAGCGACAACCUUUGGUGAUUGCUCGCCUUGCUCACCUUCUGGCUAGUUAGGUACGUGUAGGGAAUGACUCACAAACAUGUCUUUCGGCACCAACAUGUAACUACCAGUAGUGCCAGAAUUGGUUUUCUAAACAGCUUGAGCACAGGCUGGACGGGGGAGAGAAGUCGCCCUAAAAAGGUUCCCUGGACAGCUAUACAUCACCUGUUUUGGACGUGGUAAUCAGAGAACAAAUGCUGAUUAAGGAUAUGCCCAUUGGCAGAAUUGCCGUGUAUCAUCCUUCAGAGAAAGGCAAUUUCUACAGAAACGGUGGCCAAGCACUGAAAGGCAAAAGCCUGCUUACAAACUCUUGCAACUUCCUUUAGACCAACCACAGAAAAACUGUUGGUGCCACAAAAUUAAAAACACCUUGAAUGUCAUGAUACAUUUUUUCAGGAGUACUUCAUUGCUGAAGCAAAACUACUGCAGUUCUCAUUGCAGAGUGUACACUUAUUAUUACAAUGAAUUCUUCAUUCGGAAGCACUGUUUCAGUGAAGUUGGCUCUUGCUGCUAGCUGGACAACUUUCGAACUUGUCAAAGUAAAGUUAAGGGUGUGCUAGCGGUCUAAGCCUUUAGCAGGAGCUGUUGGAGUGAUCACGCUUGUGAAUACCUGAAGUGGUCCCUGCAUGCCCUCAGCCAAAAAACAAGAACUGAGAUAUUCUACAAAAUCACUGCAUCACAAGCCUAACUAAACUGGCAGCUCUAAAGCCAGAGCGGGCACACUCGUUUACUGCAUAACAUCCAUUACUCUGUGAAUUCUG